AUGUUAUCAUCAAGGAUCUUGAAAAGGGGUAAUCAGAAAGUGAAAAGUAGAUAGAAAGGCUUUAAGAAAUUUAAAAGAUACUUUUGUCAAGUGAAAUAUUAAUGCAAUGUACUAUUAGAGUAUAGGGUAACCUUGAUGGGUUUGAUGGCUACUAAGUAAUCGAUUACUGAGAAUUGUCUAGUAUUUGCGACUUUAGAAGGAUUUAGGAGGCUGAUCUUGCCUAAAUUGGUAUUAACCUCUUUCAAAACUCCAAUGCAUGUGGAUUUUGCUAAAACUAUUGGACAAAAACCUUAUUCUGGUAAUGGUAAAUGGAAGAGUUUGGGGAUUGUUGAAACCUAGGUGGAUUUAUUAAGUCAAGUCCUAAUAACUCAGUAAAAUUUCAGAAUGGAACUAACAAUUUAAGGUCUGAUGUAAAGGUCGGUUAAACCAUGUUGCUAAUAUGGACUUUGUGAUAUUCAUCCAAAUAAUUUGAAGAAGGACAUAUGCGACUUGAAUGGAUACUGGGGGGAAAGUCAGAAAACUAAAAAAGGGGAAUGGGCACAAAUAAUGAAAUCUAUGUUUAAUCAAGAAAAUUGA